AUGAUAGUAUCUCUUUUACGCAAAUUGUUCAAGCGCAAGCCGAAGAAAAAACAUAUACCGGACGAUUUACUAGUCGACAUUCUAUGUAAACUACCUGUUAAAUCAUUAGUUCGCUUUAAAGCGGUGCAUAGCGAUUGGUCUUCUUUGAUUUCGGCUCCAGAAUUUUGCCGUAGGCAUCUUCAGUACCACGUAAAACGGACCGGUCAGAAGUACGGAACUAUCCAAGCGGGGAACAAACACACCUUGCAUCCAUCCCUUACUCUUCGCAUUAUGAGCAAUUGCGGCAUUGUUGGUGAUCAUGAGCUCGUAGAGAUUCAAAAUAUUUAUGGCAAGCCGGUCUUUGAUCAUUAUGAUUAUCCUAAGCUGUUUGGUUGCUGCAAUGGCUUAUUACUAAUAAGUCUUUCGAGUCACUCGGAAAGUUUUAUUUUGUGGAAUCCAACUCUUAGACAGCAUAGAAAAAUCGACCGAAAAGAUGGGUAUUGGUCCCCGGAAAUGUAUAAGGCUGGACUCGGCUACGAUAGCUUGAACCACAAUUACAAAAUUGUGGUAGCAGAGGCCAGUAAGUUGCAUAAAAAUUCAAUUGAUCUUCAAAUUUAUGACCUGAAGAAAUCUUCUUGGAAGACAAGAAAUUAUGAUUUCCCUUACAAGUUCAAAUUACAUAAUAACACACCAGUUAUUACUCUGCCAAACGGAAUUCUACAUUGGCAUGUGAAAAGGAUGGCCAAUGGCCAAAGUGUGAUAUUAUGUUUCGAUUCGGUAGAUGAGAUUUUCAAAGAAGUUCCUCUCCCUAAAAAUACAUAUGAUUUUUGCUUUAUAUCUUCUUUAGAUGGGUGUCUUUGUAUCGGCAUAACAGAAUCAGAUUUCGAUAUAAAUGUGUGGAAAAUGAGGAAAUAUGGGAUUAAGAAAUCUUGGAUUAAGUUAAAAAAUUCUUUUCCUAAUAUUGACAAUUGUCGCCGUUACUUGAUGCCAUUUGGAGUUCUCGAGAAUAAUCAAGUUGUAAUGAAUCUAAAUACAACGGCGAUAGCUAUUUUCGACGUUACAAGUACUACUGUGAUCAUUGAUAUUGACAUUGCAAGACUCGGUAUUGGGAUUUUGUUUGGAACACACAUAAUCUUUAUGAAUGGCUAA